GCCCGAGCCCGGCCCCGUCCCCUCCAGCGCGCUUCGUGCCGGCCGCCCUGCACCCGUUGCCACCCGCACUGCCGCGGGCGCCCCCCGCGCCAGCACCCCGUUCGGGCCCCCCGCGUCGCCCCGGAUGCUACAGCCACCCAACAGCACCGCAGGCCCCGCCGGCCCUGAAAACGCACCCGCCGGCGCCGGCGCCGGCGCCGGCGCCGGCCUGACCGAUGCAGCGCUUGCUGACCUGGCGGCACGGCUGGCGCCGCUGCUGGCCAAGGGGGUCGUCGCGCCCCCUGCUGCCAGGGGUGACCCCGCCGGAGACAGCGCUGCCGGCGCCACCAGCGACGACGGCGGCGUCCGCACAGGAGCCGAAAAG